CUGCAGCGCGCACGCCCAGCGUGCGUGAGGGAUAGGGUUUGGGCGUGUGCGCCUCCGCGUCUGUCCUGAGAACGGCUUGAGGCCGGGUGCUUUGGGAGCAGCGGGAGGCAAGGGGAGAGCGCGCCGCCCGGCCGUGGAACCGACAGGCAGUGGGCCUACCUUACCGCUGCUUGGCGCGCCACCGCAGCAGUGAAGCGCCACCCCCGAGCCUGGAGGUUCGGAUCAGGGACUUGUGGAGCGGCCUGCCGCACGUCUCCAUCACACGCUGAUGUUUCUGUCAGAUUGCGGUGCGGCGGCCUCAGCGCGGAGGGUGGACGGUAUCAUUGGUAUACAAUCUUAUGCUCAGGUUUCAAAUGAGCAACAUUGUGGUUACUACAUUUUCCCUGUUAUCGAGUCCCCACCAGAUACCCCAUUACAGUCACUGUCCAUCAGCAUAAUAAGAUGCUAUAGAGUCACUACUUGUCUUCUCUGUGCUAUACUGCCUUCCCCGUGCCCAUCCUAUAUUAGGUGUGCUAAUCAUAAUGCCCCUUAAUCCCCCUAUCCCUCCCCACUCCCUUUCCCGGUGGUAACUGUUAGUCCAUUCUUUGUUCUGUGAGUCUGCUGCUGUUUUGUUCCUUCAGUUUUUGCUUUGUUGUUAUACUCCACACAUAAGUGAAAUCAUUUAGUACUUGUCUUUUCCUGCCUGGCUAUUUCACUGAGCAUAAUACCCUCUAGCUCCAUCCUUGUUGCAAAUUCCUAGCCUCCUGAUCUUAAGCUUUUUAACAAAAUUAACUGGAGGUGUUUAUGUGUUUAACUUAGUUUUAUUUUUCAGAGACAGCUCAUAAAUUUAAUUAUAAUUUUAUUUACCUUUGAUAAGAGAGUUGUUAAAAUAAUUAGAAUGAUUGAUGUGUAGCACCUAAUAUCUAGUAUGAAUAAAAAAAAUAAGGUUGGCUCAAGAUUACAAAGAUCACACCCCAACUCAGUGGAGAAGGUGAAGAACUUCAAUUAUAUCUAUGCCUUAGUAACAGAAAUAUACUGUACAAGGAAAAAAAAGGAUUAAAAGGGAAGACAGGAUGUCAUCCAGAAUUCUAGUUAAUAAAAAGUCCGUCAAGUUAGAGAUGUUGACUAUAAUCAACUACAGUUAACUAGAAGUAAAUAGCACAAAUUCCUCACUCUUAAACCACUUCAGCACUACACUAACUUCUCUGUGACAUAAAUAAUCUCCUCCUUUCCUGUUUCACCAAAAUGGUCCCUCUGUCUUGCAGAGCCUUAGGGUGAAUUGCACACAUUCCUGCCUCUUCUUGAAAAUUGUUCAUUUGUUCUUUCAUUCCCUCUUUCAACACAUAUUUCUUGAGCUCUUAGCAUGUGCCAGUCACAAGACAAGGAUUUGAGAUAUAUAUGAGUUGGCUUAAUCAAUAUUUUGUAUAAACACUGUCUCAAAAUUCAGCUUUGGACCGUACAGUAUUAAAAUAGAUGUAAGGAAAAGUGAUUACACAGUUAUCUUUAUUAAUGAACUGUAUCUCCAACAGAUAUAAGAGAUUCAUUUAACAUUAAUGAAUUUUUAGUAAAGUGACUGAAAAGGAAAUGUGUAAGUUAACAGAUUGCUUUACUGUCCUCAAUAACAAGUUAGCACAUAACCUUUGUAAAAGAAAGUCUGUUCAUAAUAGGAAGAAAAUAUGUAAUGUGAAUUUUAACUAGAAAUAUGCCUGAACUAUAUGAGAAAACUUUAAAACCUUAGUAGGAGAUAAAAAAUAAGAAUAUAAAGGAUGAAAAGGAAUGAGAUAAACAGUUCUGUUUAUAAAUUCAAUUGUCAAGAAAAGAGUGGGAUUUUUUUUUUCUAAGAACCUUCGUGCACUUUGUUCCUUCUUUUAUAUCCUCAUCUUGAAAAAUGUUAUGGAAGUGGCCCAUUCCUUUUCUUUGUAAUUUGAUGAGAAAUGUUUCUGUUAAAGGAGAAAUACUCCUAGAAAAGAUGUUUCCUUGGUUUUCAUCAAAUAAUUCAAGCACCAAAGGCUCAGUAGCAUAUAGUUUUAAAACAUUUGAGGUUUUUAACAUUUUUAUAUAAGGUAAGAGAAAUUUCCUACUGUAAUGUCUCUAUUUUGCUUACAGUACACUUUUACCUGUAGUACUCCUUGUAGCGUGUUUCCUAUCAGCCAGGGUUCUUAAAUCUUCCGGCUAUGAAGCAAGGUCAGAACUGGGUGUAGCACAGGUUGCCAUCACUCCAUGUGGACAUGGCCCUCUCUUGCUGUACUUCAUGUGCUUUAGGGACUGUGGGUGUACAGUCCCUAAACUGAACAACCCUAAAACUUUCUGGAGACAUUAGGGAAUGACAGAAAUGGGUGGUGUUUGAUCUUGUAGGGUGGAUAGGAUUUUGCCAAGAGGUCAAGAAAGGGAAGAGCAUUCCUGGCAUAGAAACAGUAAACAUAAAGAUGGUGAGACAACUCACAUGGCUUGGUGUGGUUAUGGGAAAAAUGGCAGUUUAAUGGAACACUUAGGGCUAGUGAGGUGGAAAAGGGCUUAAUCACAAAGAAUCCUAAAUCCAUGCUAAGGAUUUGGUCCAUUUUCCUAUAAGUACUGGGAGACCAACAGAGAACUUUAUUCAAGGAGUGAAACUUGUGUUUUGCAGAGAUGAUUCUCAUGUGGACACUCACUGGAGUGGGAAAAACCAAAGGCAGAGAAGCCAAGUAGGAGGUCUCUAGGUCAUGAAUUGUGAGGGCCUGAACCAAGUCCAUGCAGGAGGAACCUAGAGGAAUAGGUGGAUGGAAAAAACAUUCAGGAGGGGAAAUUUACAGAUUGUAGUAGCUGACUGGAUGUUAUAUGAGAACAAAAUAAAGAAGGACACUUGCAUUUAUGGGUCUCUAGAUGUCAUAUAUUUUAUUUAAUUAACAAGUAAUCCUACCAGUGUCAGGCACUGUUCUAUGUGUUUUGCAAUCAUUGACUCAUUUAAUUUCCAUAAUAACCUUGUAAGAUAGGCACUAUUUAACCCCCAUUUUACAGAAGAAAAGACUGAGAUACUGAGGAGUUAAGAAACCACCUAGUAAAUAGUGGAGCACAGGUUUGAACCCAUGCAGUUUGGCUGCAGAAUCCAGGCUGUUAACCACACUGGAAAUAGGUACCGAGGUUACCUAUUGAGGAAAAUAUGGAUAGAAGAGAGUGUUUUAGUCAUUCUGGCCAAAAACAUUCCUGUUGUUUGCUGUGGAAUGGGAUAGACAGUGGGGAUAAAGUAGGUAGAUAAGGUGUCCUGAGGUGCCCAGGUGGUUGUUAAACAGAGACUGGAAAAGACUGAGGAUGCAGCAAAGCUAGGCACAAUUUUUGAAAUCAUUAGAGAAGACUAAGAACAAUCAAGAUGGAAAACUAGGUGAAAAGGGGAGCAAAUAGUGAGCUUCCUGAAUAAUUGAGAGGCCAGUUAUAAUUGAGCUGUAUAAUAGGGGUCAUGGAUGAGAACCAUUUUAGUGGGCAGAAACUAGUGGUCCUGUUAUUCAUGUAAAAGAGGAAUCAAAAUAAGGGGUCAAACAAUAUGAAAGAAAACAGAGCAGUGAAUGUCAGCAUAUGGGAAAUACUCAAGCCUGGUGUUCAAAAGAUGGAAAUUAAAAAUACAAUCUAAAUUUAAAACAAGUUAAAAAUGCAGUGUUUAUAGGCUUCUGGCCAAGACGGAGUAACAGAAAGUGGAUUUAUCCUUCUCCCCAAACAAGACAAACAAAAAGACAGAUACAUGAAAUGAUCAUUUCAAGACCCUGGAUAACAGACAACAAAGGAUAGUCAUCCCUGGGAGAUGGAAAACCAACGAGAUAUCCAACAGCCAAUAUCAAGGUGUUGGCUAGCCAGAAUUCUUAUCUGGAGGCCCUGGGGAAAACUCCACUUCCAAGUUCACUCCAACUGUUGGCAGAAUUUGGUUACCUGUGGCUAUAGGACUGAGGUCCUUCUUUCCUUGCUGGCUGUCAUCGGGUGCCGCUCAUAGCUCACACAGACUGCCCGCAUUCCUCGCCAUGUGACACCAUCCACCUCCAGGUCAGUAAUGGAUCAGUCAGGUUAUUUUUUUUUCCUCAAAAAAGAGGGUUUGUAAUAGAACUACUUGAUUCCAAAUAAAAUUCAGCGUGGAAUUCUAGAAAUUAAAGGGGAAAAAGGUGAUCAAUGUAGCUAUUCUUCCUACUCUUAGAAAUUUCAGUCAUUGAGGUGGAUUUCUGGAAUAUCUUUGAUGUUUCUUUUUUUAUAGUGGGGGUUUGCGUUACACCCAGCUGGUAUGAGGGAGUCUAGGCUGACGAUCUAUGAAGCAUCCCAGUCACAGCAAACUUUCCUCAUGUUUCUUUCUUUUCUCCAGCUUUGUCUUCUCAGGGUCUCCCAUUACUCAAGAAAGCAUUGUCAAGAACAAGGAGGGCAUGGACACUGAGUCUUUAGCUGCUAGGUCCCAUACACUGGUGACCUUCAAGGACAUCCUUGUGAACUUCACUCGGGAGGAGUGGAAGCUGUUGGAUACUGCCCAGCAGAUCAUGUACAAAGAUGUGAUGUUGGAGAACUAUAAGAAUCUGAUUUCCUUGGGACAUCAACUUCCCAAGCCAGAUGUGAUCCUCCAGUUGGAGAAAGGAGAAGAGCCAUGGCUGGCAGAGAGAAGGAUUCACCAGGAGAACCAUCCAGAUUUGGAGACUGCAGUUGAAAUUAAAUCAAUUUCCAGUAAGAGCAUUUCUAAAGAUAAACAGUCCUAUGGCAUUAAAAUGGAAGGAAUGACAAAGAAUGACCUCUGGUAUUUGUCACUAGAAGAAGUCUGGAAGUGUGAAGACCAACUUGACAAGUAUCCAGAAAACCAAGAGAGACAUUUAAGGCAAGUGGCAUUUACCCACAAGAAAGUACUAACUACAGAGAGAGUUUCUGAAAAUGGUAAAUAUGGCGGAAACGGUCUUCUUCCUGCUCAGCUAGUAUUGAGAGAAUAUUUCCAUAAACAUGACUCACAUACUAAAAGUUUAAAACCUAAUUUAGUUUUUAGCAGUCAUCAAGAAAGCUAUGCAACUAACAGUACUGAAUGUAGUCAAACCUUCUGUCAAAAUAUUCACCUUAUUCAAUUUCCAAGAACUCAAACAGGAGAUAAAUCCUACAAAUACCCUGAUAAUAACAACUCUGUUCCUCAUAGUACAUCCCUUGGUAUAUCAAAGGGUAUACAUAGAGAGAAACCCUAUGAAUGUAAGGAAUGUGGAAAAUUCUUCAGCUGGCGCUCUAAUCUUACCAGGCACCGACUUAUUCAUACUGGAGAAAAACCCCAUGAAUGUAAAGAAUGUGGAAAGUCUUUCAGCCGGAGUUCUCACCUCAUUGGACAUCAGAAGACUCACACUGGGGAAGAGCCUUAUGAAUGUAAAGAAUGUGGAAAAUCCUUCAGCUGGUUCUCUCACCUUGUUACCCAUCAGAGAACUCAUACAGGAGACAAGCUGUACACAUGUAAUCAAUGUGGGAAGUCCUUUGUUCACAGCUCCCGGCUUAUUAGGCACCAGAGAACUCAUACUGGAGAGAAACCAUAUGAGUGUCCUGAAUGUGGGAAGACUUUCAGACAGAGCACACAUCUCAUUCUGCAUCAGAGAACUCAUGUUAGAGUGAGGCCAUAUGAAUGCAAUGAAUGUGGGAAAUCUUACAGUCAGAGAUCUCACCUCGUUGUGCAUCACAGAACUCACACUGGACUGAAACCCUUUGAGUGUAAAGAGUGUGGAAAAUGCUUUAGUCGAAGUUCUCACCUUUUUUCACAUCAGAGAACCCAUACUGGAGAGAAACCAUAUGAGUGCCAUGAUUGUGGAAAAUCUUUCAGCCAGAGUUCUGCCCUCAUUGUGCAUCAGAGAAUUCAUACUGGAGAGAAGCCAUAUGAAUGUUGUCAGUGUGGAAAAGCGUUUAUCCGGAAGAAUGACCUUAUUAAGCAUCAGAAGAUUCAUAUUGGAGAAGAGACCUAUAAAUGUAAUCAGUGUGGAAUUAUCUUCAGCCAGAACUCUCCAUUUAUAGUACAUCAGAUAGCUCACACAGGAGAACAGUUUUUAACAUGUAAUCAGUGUGGGAUGGCACUUGUUAGUAGCCCUAACUUUAUUAGAUACCAGACAAAUCAUAUUAGAGAAAAUACAUAUUAAGACAAUGAGAAUGGAAAAACUUUUACAAAUAGCAAUAACUAUUUUGCAUUGGUGAACUCAUGAAGAGAAGCUGUACAGAUAUAAUCUAUGUGGAAAUGUUUUCAAACUUGUUACUACCUUUUAGUGUACCAGAGUUUUGGUCCUGGAAGGGCUGAGACCCCGAAAAUUGAAUUUUAGUACACAAAAACAUAAUUAUUUUCUUUCCAUAAGUUCCUACAAAAAUAAUUGGCCUAGGAGCAUUCUUGACCAAGCCUCAAAUGCAAAAGUGAGAAGGAACCGUUUAGGUGAGCUUUUAGAAAAGACAGCAGCACUACCUUAAACAAGAAAACAGAAAUUGCUACUUCAAAAAAAUAGAAAAGAAGGGUAAAAACUGAUAAUAGGUCUUAUAACAAAAGAUGGGAAAUAAUACCCUAGUGAAUUAAUAUGCCAUAUUUUACUUGAUUGUCCUCCUCUUCUGGGACACUUAGUAGUGUGUAGUCUGUUUUAUGUGUCUGAUAUAAACCACAUAUUUUUUUGUUAAUAACAGGGAAAAUGCUUAUUAUGUAAAGCAGAAAAAAAUACAUGUACUAUUAGUAGUACCCAUUUUAAAUAUAUUUGCAUGUGGGUGAGAAUUGAAGAGGUAUCCGUGGGUAAGUGAAUACAAUUGGUUUGUUAGAUAAUGGGAUUAUGAUUGAUUUUAAUAGUCUACCCAGUAUUACUAUAGUAAUUGUCAUCCAGUUUCUCUAUUCCACUAUCAAGGCAGCUUGAGAACAAUCUGUCAGCAAAUUUUCCCAUUAAUUCUAAGUUAGUUUGGGUCGUAGAGUACUGGUCUUUGAACCAGGAUGCUAAAGCCUUCUGGGAGUUUAAACACAGUGACUCUGUGGACAUUGGGACCUUAAGGGAGCAUUGGGUAUUUGAAUAUCCCAGAGAGGUCUCCACUGGAGUGGGAGGUACCUGGGCAAUAGCUGGAGCAAGUAUGUUCAUGGGAUAAACACAUGACUGCUCAAAGCCACUCUUCUUCCAAGGUAGUCUUUCAUCUUUAUAAGGAAAAUGUAGAAAAUUUAUUGGUUAAGAGCAUAAGCUUGAGCUCAGUUACCCAAGCUGCAAUCCCACAUCUGUCCUUACCUUGCUGGGUGAAUGUGGGCAUGCCACCUAGCUUCUCUGUGCCUAACUUAUAGAUAUCCUCCUCUCAAAGUUAGGGAUAUUACUUACCUUGUAGGAUUGUGGUGAGUAUUAAAUAAGUAACCUAAAGCAGCUUAAGAGUAGCACCUGACAUUUAUCAAGUGAUCUAUAAUUAUUGUGAUUAGUAAUAAUCCCCACCUAGUGUCUGUUGUUUAAUUUAAACCUUCCUGAGUGCUAGUAAGAACUCACUGAGUUCUGCACUUCCCUUCCAGUUUCCUUUUUACCUACAUCAGUACUUACCAACCUGAGGAAAUCACUGACCUAUACUGGGUAUGUGGAUUCCUUUUCGAGGAUCCAUAGACAACUUUAAUAUUGUAUCCAAAGUCAUUCUGUUUGUACAAAGGUUUUUCCUUCUAGGGAGAGGAUCCUCAUCAUCAACUGCAGUGGUAAGCCCAUGACCCCAAAAAGAUUAGGACAAGCAUCUGUUUUAAUUCUCUUUCUCAUUCUGUAAAUUGAUCUCCUAUGUGUACAGAUUGACCAUUAUUUUCCAUUUUUAGCAAACAGUAUAUAAGAUGCUAUAUGAUUUUUGAAUGAUAAAUAAAAUAUUGUUGAGACCCGCAGGAAAAAGAUCUUGAUGUGUCCCCCAGGAGAAAUCUAGAAAUGAUGCUUAGAAUCGUGAGACUUGAGAGCUAAAAGGAAUGUAAGACCAUCUAACUCAUGCUCUUCAUUGUACAGUUGAGAUAAGGUGAGUUGUCCCAGACCUCACAUUUUGAGUGAAGUCAGACCAACAACUAGAUCCCAGUUUCCUCAUUGGUGCUGCUCUCCUCAGUGCUUACAUUCCAUUCACAUGUAUAAUAUACUCCUAUCAUAAAGUUUUUAUUAUAAGCAGUGGUUCUUUAUGGGGUAGAAGAGUAGCUCCUUCACUGGGCCUUUUCGAAUUUCCGAUAACCUAAGGCUCAGUUUUCUCAGCUGUGUAACAGAGAUACUACUAGUAUCUACCUCAGAGGGUGUGUGGAUGAAGUGAAAUAAUGUGUAUAAAGUACUUAAAACAGUACCUGGCACAUAGCAGCUGUUAAUAACAAUAUUAUUAACACCCUAAGGAAUGUGGUAAGAGAUAUAUGUCUGUGGAUGAUCAUUGAAGAGUGACUUAUGAUAGUGCAAAAUUUACAAUAUAGAAAAAUGUUUAAUAGCAAAAUGAUUAUAGCAUACUCAUAAUGGAAUAUUAUGCAGACAUUAAAGUGAUGCAAACAAAAUUUGGUAACAGGAAAAAUGUUGAUGCUGUUAUGUGGUACAAAAAAAGCAUGAAAAAUGUCAAUAUAGAGUGAGCUCAAAUAUGUAAAAAUAAAUGAAUUGUAAAAAAAUGAAAAUGAGUUUUGCUCAAAACUAAGGAAAUUUGUCAAAAGUUUAAUGCCAGGUAAGGGUGAAUGUAGUACACACAUUGUUUUUCUUGUGAAACCUUCAUAAGAUUGUAUAUCAAUGAUACCUUAAUAAAAAAAUUAAUAACCAUUUAAAAAAAGAUUAAUGUCAGGUAACCUA